GUCUGCUUGCCCGCAGACUGCCACGGCGCUCUCGCUCGUGCCGGCAUCAAGCGCCCCAAGGUCACCAUCACGGCCGACGACCCUCGCCUGACGGCGGGCAAGCCCGACCCGGCGCCGUUCCUCCUCGCCGCCAAAGAGCUCGGCAUUCCCAUCGAGAAGUGCCUCGUCUUCGAGGACUCGCCGUCGGGCAUCAAGGCGGGCGUCGCCUCGGGCGCGCGCACGAUCGCCAUCUGCACGAGCCACCCGGUCGAGAAGAUCAACACGCAGGGCGCUCACUACAUCGUGCCCAGCCUCGACUGCGUCCACGCUCGCCGCAACAAGGACGGCUCGAUCCGCAUCACCAUCGACGCUCACCCUCCCGACCACCCUCGCCACGGCUCGCGCGGCUCGUUCGUCAGCGUCGCGCCCAACUGGCGCGAUAUCCAGCAGGAGCAGCGCUCGAAGAAGCUCGCGGCCAUCAACGCCGCCGGCGACAAGAGCAACUCGUCGAUGCUCGGCGGCAGCGCCAAGUCCAAGGCUCGCGGUGACGGUACCACCCAGGCGAGCGCGUAG